UAGAAAAUGCUCGUCAUUUAAUUUCAGAAGUUUAUUGCAGAGUUCAUCAAAGAAUAAAUUUGGAUGAAUUAUCAAAAUCUUUGAACUUGACUAGAGAAGAAGGUGAAAAAUGGAUUGCUAGUUUGAUCAAAGAAACUAGAAUGGAUGCCAAAAUUGAUGAAAGUGAAGGUACUGUGAUUAUGAAUCAUCCAAGUACUAGUGUUUAUCAACAAGUUAUUGAAAAGACAAAAGGUUUAUCAUUCAAAGCUAAUCAAAUCUUAGCAACUGCUUUACAAAAACAAGAUAGCGUUCAAUAA